AUGAGCUGGGGCUGCCAAAAAGAGAAACAGGUGAAAUUACCCCAUGUGCCUGAGUUCAAGAAUCAGGCACCAAGAAUGCUUCAAAAGGGUAGUGAAGCCUUAGGAAGCAUCUUGGUUAUCUUCACUAGCAAAAACAACAAACUUACAGGUAGAUUCUUAGCUUGGCAUGAGAAGCUUGUGGCAUGGGAGCAAAACCAUUAUGAGUUUAGCAUAAACAAAGAGAGAGCUGUGAGUUCUUUUGAAAGACAGGGGUUCUAA